AUGUUGAUUAUGAUGUCACUAGUGACCGCCAUCUUGGACAGGAGACAGGAAACAUAACAAAAGAUUGCCAAGAUUUCUGACUCAUAGUGACGGUUUCAUUCACGAGAAUCGGACAGAAAGUUGCCUCCUGCGUUUGUUGUAUAGUUUUAGAUGAUGGCGAGCCCUCCUAUGAGUGGAUCGUUGCGAGCGCUAGCGUUAGAGCUGAAAAAUUUGCAGGAAGAACCAGUGGAGGGUUUUAGGGUGAACCUCGUCAAUGACGAAAAUCUGUAUGAAUGGCAAGUUGCGAUUUUCGGGCCGCCUGACACACUCUACGAGGGAGGAUACUUUAAGGCUGUGAUGAAGUUUCCACAAGACUACCCCUACUCACCCCCUACCUUCCGCUUCACAACCAAGAUGUGGCACCCUAACAUAUAUGAGAAUGGAGAUGUGUGCAUCUCGAUCCUCCACCCUCCCGUGGAUGACCCCCAGAGCGGAGAGCUGCCGUCAGAGCGGUGGAACCCUACACAGAACGUCAGAACGAUUUUAAUGAGUGUAAUAUCGCUGCUGAACGAGCCCAACACAUACUCGCCAGCUAACGUGGAUGCAUCGGUCAUGUUCCGCAAGUGGAGGGAAAGUUCCGGCAAAGACAAGGAGUAUGAAAACAUUAUCAGGAAACAAACCAAUGCCACGAAAGAAGAUGCGGAAAAGGACGGAGUGAAGGUCCCCACGACACUGGCAGACUACUGCAUCAAAACCAAGCCCAAGACUUCCCACUCCUCUAUGGACAUGCUGUUCUAUGACGAUGAUUACGAUGAUGGGGACAUGGACGAUGAGGAUGAUGACGAUGAUUUCUAUGAGGACGAUGAUGAUGAUUCAGGGAACGGUGGAGAAGGGUCGUGAUAUGCAACUGUCAUCACCACCCCCACCCCCCAUCCCUGUAGGAAAUCUGCACCCAGGACUCACUAUAAGCCCAUCCCACUGGAAUCAUCUUCUGCAAGGAACCUUGCUCAUCAUGUCCAACACACCUUGACAGGAAUUUCCCACAGAAUAAUGGCCUUCAGGGGAAACUGAUAGACUGUAUGCUCACAUGAUAAUUUAUAGUGUUUACUACAAUUUUUGAUAUAAUUACUUUAGCUCAUAUCCAGGCUUAAUUGGAAAAUGUUUAAAUCAAUAAGUCAUCCAGAAAUGAAAUGUCAUGAAAUGGGGGGGACAAAUUUGGUUUACGACCUUUUGGUCAGUGAUGUCAAUGGUUUGAAUGGGGUUUAUGACAUGUAGUGGAAACUUGUAGAAAUUUUAAGGGAAAACUAAUGUCAAUCACAGUUUUCUUUUUAAUGGUUGUGUACAGAUAAACUUGAAAGCAAUUUCCCAGUUGGGAAGUUCUGUCUUUGUCUUGACAUUUCUUCCGACGUGUCAUCCAGAAUAAUGUACAGAUGUACAGCAUGUGUUCUUGGCCGGACACUUUUGCCACCUCCGUCAAAGGUUUCCCUCCUUCAAAGCCUCAAGAGUCUUCACAGUACAGUAAUAAAAGUGGAAACUGAGCUUUGAAGAAAAAAGGGACAGCCCUUGGGAGAUGGAUUGACACAAGUGUCACUUUUAAAUGAAGUGUGUUCUGGAUAUACUUAAUUGUAGGUUUUUUGUGCACUUUGUUAAACUAACCCGUUGGAGAGAAAGUGAGAGGUGACGAGGGCAUGUUACUACUUACCUGGUGUGUUAUGGCCAUUGUAUAAGUGUGCAGCCAUUGGGGGAGGGCCAUCCACGUGUAGCUGGUUUACUUUCAAAGGCACUAUCUUGCGCAAGGGGUUUGGACCAAACCAAAACCAAUCAAACAUGCAUAAUAGGGCUCUGACUGUAAAUUGGGAGUUUUAAAUUGUACACAUUUCCUUGCAUGUCUGUACAGGGAAGGAAUGAUUUUAUAUUUGAACACAAGUACUUGAUGCAUAAUGAAGUUGGUUUAGCCUCAUGAAUCUCAGUGUGGAAAAAAAAAACACCAUCCCCACGUAUUGCUUGGACUGCAUGUAAGAGAGGAGUCCAACAGUGUCUCAAAUAAUAGUCAAAGUUACAUUCUUGACAUAAGAUUUGUGCAAAGGUGACUGGAAUGCUUUGUAUUCUAAUUAUUACAUGAGCAUUUUUCUUAGAAGAUCAUAGCAACCUUUUCAGUCGUAUUUGUAGCAACUGCUUACUAAAACUCAAGUGAUUUCACCAGAUUGUAACAUGGAGAAGAAUAAAGGCAAGUGAUGACCAUGCCAACUGCCAGCAAAAUAGGACAAGCUUCAGAAGUUAAUGUUCUAUGUUUUGAUAAUACGGUUACUGCAGGGGUGGAGAUUCCAUGUGAAGUGAGUUGUCCCGUAGUCCUAGCUGUAAUGUGCAAGAAGGUGCUUUUGUGUGUUGAUCAUGGACCUAAAGGUUGCAAGAAGAGAUGCAUUGGAAAAAAAAACUGCACUGAAGUUGUCAUUGAUACUGCUGGAGUUGCAUGGUCAGCAAGUAUAGCAAUGCAGGACAGCAUUUCUGCACUGAGGAAGCAAGUUCUGAUUUUGGCGUGAUAUGGAUUGAACUCUAGUGUAAUCGAGGCAGUUGGGUGCAUGCAAAAAGAGCUGUACAUUGCCUGAGCAUUUGGCAGAGGCAAACGAGUAGUCAUAUGCCAUUUCCAUUCCUUCACAUUGUUUUGUUUUCCAACUUUCUCCCUCCUAGCACACAGUUAUAUAAUCAUUCAUGUAUUUGGUAUGAUCUCCACCAAGGAAGUGAUGGAGUCAUGAUAGUGUUUUAUGUUUUCCCCCUUUUUAAACUACAAGGAGAGCUGUUGUAUGCAGUGCUCUCUCUAUCAGUUGUGUGGAAACUUGGGACUAACCAAUACUGGUGAGGAACCGGGAAGGUCUGUACAGGUUUUAGCUGUCCAAUGCAUUACAGGUACACACAAGGAACUCCAAAAAUUUGUACAAAUGAAGGUUUCAGAAAAGAACUUCCCACAUUAAAUUCAAUCUGAAGACUGCUAUCAAGGUUAGAAGACAAUUUGAAAUCACGGAAGCAUGACAGCCAUGAUACAAUGUAUAUGCUAUUGAACAACUAAAAUGCAGAUAUCGUCACAACUCCCCUACACUGUAAGCAAAAAAAUACUGUACAACCUGUCGUUUAACCUGUAUCUCUCCCAAUAUAAGGGGAUUCUGUACCUCAUAGCAGCCACACUCUGUAGGUAUGUAUUUUGCAACGGAUUAUUUAAUAAUAAAAUUGUAAAAUAUUCCAAGGUA